UUUGUAUUUUUAAUACAUUUCCGCUUUCUCUGUGAUUUUCCUCCAGUUUUCUUGGUUCAUAUAGGCUAAACAAGUAAAAGAACAGAUCUACAGAGCACGAGGAUGAGGAACUUCAACUUCUUCCGGAGAUUAUCCAGGGCUUUUGAUGAUUAUCCUUCUCUUUCUAAGAUCAUCGUCGUCUCGACUAUCAGUGGUGGGAGCCUUAUAGCUUAUGCUGAAGCAAACGCUUUCAAUGGCAGUAAGGGCCAUAUUGCUCAUGCUGAUGCGGUGGCAUCUAAUGAUGACCGUCGAAUUGCUUCAUCUGAACAAGUUCCCAAGAAAAAGAAGGUGGUGCUGCUUGGAACUGGUUGGGGAGGAAUGAGUUUCUUGAAGAGCCUGAAUAACCCUAAUUAUGAGGUGCAAGUUGUUUCUCCUCGUAAUUUCUUUGUGUUCACCCCAUUGCUACCAAGUGUUACAUGUGGCAAAGUGGAAGCCCGCAGCAUUGUUGAGCCAAUUCGCAACAUCAUCAGAAAGAAAAAUGUUAACAUCAGUUACUCUGAAGCUGAAUGCGUAAAAAUAGAUCCCAAUAAUAAGAAAAUUUACUGUCGCGCUACUAUAGACAGCCAUUCAAAGGGGGAAGAAGUGUUUGCGGUAGACUAUGACUACCUUAUUAUAGCUGUGGGAGCUCAGGUUAACACCUUUAAUACCCCUGGUGUCAUGGAAAAUUGCCAUUUCCUAAAGGAAAUUGAUGAUGCUCAGAAGAUUCGUAAGAAUGUUAUUGAUUCCUUUGAGAAGGCAAGCUUACCAAAUUUAAGUGAUGAGGAGAGAAAGAAAAUCCUUCACUUUGUUGUUGUUGGCGGUGGCCCAACUGGUGUGGAAUUUGCUGCCGAACUUCAUGACUUUGUCAAUGAGGAUGUGGUCAAGCUAUAUCCAAAUGUCCAAGACUUGGUGAAAAUAACUCUUCUUGAGGCUACAGAUCAUAUUUUGAACAUGUUUGACAAAAGAAUCACAAAUUUCGCGGAACAGAAAUUUGGAAGAGAUGGCAUUGAUGUGAAAUUGGGGUCAAUGGUCACCGGCAUAAAUGAAAAUGAAAUAUCUACAAAAGUGAGAGGUAAUGGCGAAAAAACUUCAACGCCAUAUGGAAUGGUUCUCUGGUCAACUGGCAUUGGACCUCGUCCUCUCAUAAAGGAGUUCAUGAAGCAAAUUGGUCAGGGUAAUAGGCGUGCUUUAGCAACGGAUGAAUGGCUGCGAGUUGAGGGAUUUGGUAACAUUUAUGCACUUGGCGACUGUGCUACUGUUAACCAGCGGAAAGUCAUGGAAGAUAUAUCAGAAAUAUUUAGAAAGGCAGACAAGGACAACUCGGGAACACUUACAGUGAAAGAAUUUCAAGAGAUCAUUGAUGAUAUAUGUGAAAGAUACCCUCAAGUGGAGCUUUAUCUGAAGAACAAGCAGGUGCGUAACAUGGUUGAUCUUUUGAAGGAAGCCAAAGGGGACGCUGCAAAAGAAUCCAUGGAGCUGAAUAUUGAAGAAUUUAAAUCAGCUCUUUCUGAAGUCGAUUCUCAGAUGAAGAAUCUUCCAGCAACAGCACAGGUUGCAAAUCAGCAAGGCGCCUAUCUUGCUAAGUGCUUCAACCGUAUGGAGGAGUGCGAAAAGAACCCUGAAGGUCCCCCUAGGUUCAGGGGAACAGGUCGUCAUCGAUUCCAUCCCUUCAGGUACAGGCACUUGGGACAAUUUGCUCCUUUGGGAGGGGAACAAACAGCUGCACAACUUCCAGGUGAUUGGGUGUCUAUCGGACACAGUGAGCAAUGGCUCUGGUAUUCUGUCUACGCAAGCAAGCAAGUCAGUUGGCGCACAAGGGCAUUGGUGGUCUCAGACUGGAUAAGGCGUUUUAUUUUCGGGAGGGAUACCAGUGGCAUUUAAAAGGUCCCUGGGCAACUUACAAACAUUAAGAGGUCUACAGUUUGGAUUGAAUGCUGUAGAAAAAUUUUGGUUUUUCCUUCCCCAUUUACCAAUUCAUUCAUUUGAUAAUAAUUGCUGCCUUGCUUUAGCGGUUUUGAAAUGAAUUUUGUUACAAGUUUAUGCUGGUUUUUGAACUUUAUAUCUGAGAUCCGUGAAAAUAUACCUAUUUGGAGGUGAAAUCCAAGUGUUGCA